CCCUCCCUCCCUUCCUCCCUCCCUCUUUCCCUCCUCCCCUCGCGAUAAGAAGACCCGGCGGCCGGAGUGGGGGAUGAAGAUGGCGGACGCGAAGCAGAAGCGGAACGAGCAGCUGAAACGCUGGAUCGGCUCCGAGACGGACCUCGAGCCUCCCGUGGUGAAGCGCCAGAAGACCAAGGUGAAGUUCGACGAUGGCGCCGUCUUCCUGGCAGCCUGCUCCAGCGGGGACACGGACGAGGUGCUUGAGCUGCUGCAUCGCGGCGCCGACAUCAACUACGCUAAUGUGGACGGACUCACUGCUCUGCACCAGGCAUGCAUUGAUGAUAAUGUUGAUAUGGUGAAAUUUCUGGUGGAAAAUGGAGCAAAUAUUAAUCAACCUGAUAACGAGGGCUGGAUACCACUACAUGCAGCUGCUUCCUGUGGAUAUCUUGAUAUAGCAGAGUUUUUAAUUGGUCAAGGAGCACAUGUAGGAGCUGUCAAUAGUGAAGGUGAUACACCUUUAGAUAUUGCUGAAGAGGAAGCAAUGGAAGAGUUACUUCAAAAUGAAGUUAAUCGACAAGGAGUCGAUAUAGAGGCAGCCCGUAAGGAAGAAGAACGGAUAAUGCUUCGGGAUGCAAGACAGUGGCUCAAUAGUGGCCACAUUAAUGAUGUUAGACAUGUAAAGUCUGGUGGAACUGCACUCCAUGUAGCAGCUGCUAAAGGCUAUACAGAAGUUUUAAAGCUUUUACUACAAGCAGGCUAUGAUGUAAAUAUUAAAGAUUAUGAUGGUUGGACACCUCUUCAUGCUGCAGCUCACUGGGGUAAAGAAGAAGCCUGUCGAAUUUUAGUGGACAAUCUUUGUGAUAUGGAUAUGAUCAACAAAGUGGGUCAGACUGCCUUUGAUGUAGCAGAUGAAGACAUUCUAGGAUAUUUAGAGGAACUGCAAAAGAAACAAAAUCUGCUCCAUAGUGAAAAGCGAGAAAAGAAGUCUCCAUUAAUUGAAUCCACAGCCAAUAUGGAUAACAACCAAUCACAAAAAUCAUUUAAAAACAAAGAGACAUUAAUUAUUGAGCCAGAGAAAAAUGCAACCAGUAUUGAAUCUCUGGAGCAUGAAAAGGCAGAUGAGGAAGAAGAAGGCAAGAAAGAUGAAUCUAGUUGCUCUAGUGAAGAAGAUGAGGAAGAUGACUCAGAAUCAGAAGCUGAAACAGAUAAAACAAAACCCAUGGCAUCUGUUGCUAACACCAAUACCUCCAAUGUGCCAGCAGCUCCUAUAGCUGUCACAACACCUACUUUGUCUUCUGGCCAGGUGACACCUACGUCACCAAUUAAAAAGUUUCCAACUUCUACAAAAGUUUCUCCAAAAGAAGAAGAGAGGAAAGAUGAAUCCCCAGCUUCUUGGCGGCUUGGUCUUAGGAAGACAGGCAGCUACGGUGCCCUUGCUGAAAUUACAGCCUCUAAAGAAGCCCAGAAAGAGAAGGACAUGACAGGGGUUAUGCGCUCAGCAUCCAGCCCCAGGCUUUCUUCUUCAUUGGAUAAUAAAGAAAAGGAGAAAGAUAAUAAAGGAACUAGACUUGCAUAUGUUACACCUACGAUACCUAGGCGUCAAGCCAGUACAUCUGACAUCGAAGAGAAAGAAAACAGAGAUUCGUCAAGCUUACGAACGAGUGGUUCAUAUACAAGAAGAAAAUGGGAAGACGAUAUCAAGAAGAAUAGCUCAAUUAAUGAAGGAUUAUCAUCACUUGGCCCAUCUUAUCAUAAAAGUUGUUCCUUUGGUAGAAGACAAGAUGAUUUGGUUAAUUCUAGUGUUCCAAGCACCACAUCAACGCCAACAAUUACCUCUGCCACUGGGCUCCAGAAAAGCCUGCUUUCGAGUGCAAGCACUACCACAAAAGUUGCAACCACCUCCUCUUCAGCAGGCACACAAAGCAGUACCUCACAUCGUUUGUGGGCUGAGGAUAGUGCUGAAAAAGACAAGGACAGUGUUCCCACGGCAGUGACCAUUCCUGUUGCACCAACUGUUGUAAAUGCUGCCACUUCUACCACAGCCUUGACUACAACUACUGCUGGUACUGUGUCCUCAACAGCAGAGGUCAGGGAGAGACGCAGAUCAUACCUCACUCCAGUUAGGGACGAAGAGUCUGAGUCCCAAAGAAAAGCAAGAUCAAGACAAGCAAGACAGUCUAGAAGAUCAACCCAGGGAGUGACAUUGACUGAUCUUCAAGAAGCUGAGAAAACUAUAGUAAGAAGUCGAUCUACGCGAUCCAGAGAACAAGAAAGUGAAGAAAAGGAGAAAGAAGAAAAAGAAAAGCAAGACAAAGAAAAGCAAGAAGACAAAAAGGAGUCAGACACUUCUAGAGAAGAUGAAUAUAAACAGAAAUACUCUAGGACAUAUGAUGAGCCCUAUCAGCGUUAUAGACCAGUGUCAACAUCAAGCUCAACUUCUUCAUCAUCCUCUUCACUUUCCACCAUCAGCAGUUCUCUCUAUACUCCAAGUCAAUUAAACAGGCCAAAUAGUCUUAUAGGUAUAACAUCUGCUUAUUCCAGAGGUUUAACAAAAGAUAAUGAAAGAGAUGGUGAAAAAAAAGAAGAAGAAAAAGAAGAAGAUAAAUCACAAACAAAAUCAAUAAGAGAACGACGACGACCAAGAGAAAAACGAAGAUCUACUGGAGUUUCAUUUUGGACACAAGAUAGUGAUGAAAAUGAACAGGAGCAACAGUCUGACUUAGAAGAAGGAUCAAAUAAAAACACUCAGACUGAUUCCCUUUCAAGACAUGACACAAGUUCUACAUCAUCUAGCGAGCGUUGUGAUUCCUUGCUGAGUCGAUCUGGGUCUUACAGUUACUUGGAAGAAAGAAAACUUUAUUCUAGUAGACUAGAAAGAGAAGAUUCAACUGAUUUUAAAAAGCUUUAUGAACAAAUUCUAGCUGAAAAUGAAAAACUGAAAACACAGCUACAUGAUACAAAUAUGGAACUGACAGAGCUUAAACUGCAAUUGGAAAAGGCCACCCAGAGACAAGAAAGAUUUGCUGACAGGUCACUUUUGGAAAUGGAAAAAAGGGUGACCGGCAAGAGUCAGUAUCUUCUGGGCGGAACGAAGAGCUCUAGAAAGAAGAAUAUCUGAAAUGGAAGAAGAACUCAAAAUGCUACCAGACCUUAAAGCAGACAACCAGAGGCUAAAAGAUGAAAAUGGGGCCUUGAUCAGAGUUAUAAGCAAACUUUCCAAAUAAAAGAAAAGCAGCAAAUAACAAUAUUGCACAUACUAGUAACCCCAGUGGACCAUAUAUGGCAGUCACUGGAUUCAUGGGGAAAGAAUCCUGAAGAACUGUCAUUUUCAAAUAUCCUGCCAAAUGCCCUCUUACCUAUGGGUUAUUUUAUGGGGUUUUUUGGUUUUGGUUUUUUGGUUUUGCUUCAUUUUUGCACCAAGACCAUUGUUUCAUGUUUAAUGCAGCUGCUGAGAAGAUGAAAAUGACUGAGAAAUCUUGUUUACAGCUACAACAUACAUAAGGAAAGUGUUCAAGGCCAGAUACGCCUCAGAUAUUUAACCAGUAAGCCUUAGUUGUACAGAAACACUUUUGCAUCAACAAAAGCUUUCAGCUCUCACAGAAGACAGUUACUCAAAACAUUUUUUUUGAUGUUGUGCCACAGCUUCCAGUUUUCUUAAAUUCCACUUUUUGUUGUUGUUUCAAAGCUUAAGUUUGGAUUUGUCUUUUUUCCUCUUCUAACUAUUCAUGUGCCAGACUUCCCCCAACCCCCUGUACAGUGUUUUCACAGUUUCAUUGUUUGCAAAGAACACUUUUAAAUUACAUCUUUGUAUAGUGAUAUGGUGUUGUGUUGUUUAACCACCUGGAACAGAAACCUAGGUGGAACAUUUGCUUUCACUGUUUGUGCAAUAUGCAUUUAUUUCAUAUAUGAAAUGCUUUAAUGUCAGUUCAAAUUAGAAUUCCACAAAUCCUAUUUUCUGCUUUCAUUAGUCAUGUGUUUUGGGGGGGAGUUUGUUUUGGGGUGUUUUAUUGUUGUUGUUGUUGUUGUUGUUUUAAUUGUAGAGUAAGAUGUUGGAUACUGUAAUCUUCACAAUUAUUUUAGCAGGUACUGAGUGAUGCUGUAUAUAUCAAUAAGUGUACUGUUUGAAUUUUUAAACCACCACAUGGCAUGCUUGACUUUUUUCAUGAUUGCAAAUGUCUGUUCAUACAAAGUAGGCUACUCCAGAAUAGUGUUGAAAUUUGCAAACUUUGUGGUAUCAAGAAUUUAAAUAUUAUGCAUUUUAUGGAGUCCUAUCUUUACAAAAGGUUUCUACUGUAAAGUAAUUUUUUUUUCCAGUUUUCAUUUGAGUGUUCACUAUACUUAAAGUUGCUUAAAUAUAAUUGCUUCACUACAUUUCACAUUCUUGUAUUUAUCUGAGUGCUGUCCAAAACUGUUGUGCUAGCCAAAGUAAUGUUAUUAAAUCAUUUCCAAACCUAAUCCAUUACUCAUAGAAAUGUUGAUAUGCACUGUUGUUGCCAUGUGAAGGGGCAUCUAAUUUGAUACCACCACCAUCAUGUCAGACCAUUUUGUACAUUUCAGUGGCCUUUUUUCAAAAAAACAAAAAUGGGGGGGAAAAAAGUACUUAAGCAAAGAUGUCUUUUGUUAAGAGACAAAGAGCUUUUAUAUUUUCAUUUAACCAUGUGAAAAUAUGACAUCUUACUGGCACAUAAUCUGUCUCCUAAAACCACUGAACAGUUCAGCCAUUAAAAUAAAUUGUAUAUUGUAAAGCUUGAAGUAGCUGUUGUAUUGAUUAUAUUGUAUACUAUAUUAAAUGUGAAUUUGUACCCCUUCAUUUAAAAAGGUCAUCGUGUUCAACUGCCUAAUUCAGAUUAUUUGGGGAGUGGGAGGGUAGGUAUUUUGGUUAGCAAGACAUUAAGUCUUUUGCUGAUUGGUUUUGUGAAGAUACAAGGUUAUGCUCUUACUACCAAGCUCAGGAUUCUUGAUUUUUAAAGGUACAAGGAUAGUUUUGGGAUUUUUCUUUUGUCAUAAUUGGACUGUAUGAAAGGUGGGUCUGAAUAUAGAGACUUUCCAUGGUCUAAGGGAAAAUAUGCAGUUUGAAUGGCUGCAACCUGUUAAGGUGUUGCACAACAGUUAAGGCAUGCUAAGGAUUAUAUUUUGUGAUGUUUGGAUGCCUGUGAAGAAUGAUUAAAUGCGUGUUUCUAAUAUUUUAGUGUUUUGUAUUUAGGUUAUUUAUUCUUUGUAUCUAAAACUGAACAGCUACUGUGCUAUAUUGAUUUUAUUGGUAGUAUUGCGCAGACUUUGUUUCUGCAUGAAACUAGUUGCAAAACCCACUAUUUUGGAAAAAAAUGUAUUUUGACAUAUACAAAUAAAAUAAAUAAAACUA